AUGAAGUCAAAUAAGUUAGCUCUAUGUCCGUAUGGAGAUUUAUUUGUACCAAUAUCAAUGUUAAAUUUAAAAGAACAACUAAUGGCAGAUAAUAUAGCUUGUUCGAAUGCUAUCAAUCUAUUACAAGCAUAUGGCAUCAAUGUAACAUAUUUAUGUUAUGAUUCAAUAUUACCUUAUAGACGUCUUUGUUGUGAAGAAUGUAAAAAAUAUUUAAUGCCGGAAUGUGGAGAUUUGCAUUCAAAACGUUCAACCUUUUUUCAGUACUGUCAAAUGAAAUUUGUUCGUAUUGAUGGACGAUCUGCCGUGGAGCUAUGUCCAGACUCUUUGAAUAAAGCUGAACUCUCCAGAGUUCAUUUUGAUGAUGAUCUAAUGAAAAUUUGA